UUCGCCUAGAAGCACUUUUCACAACAGCUCAAGCAGCAGUGCACUCGCGCAACUUGUGAGAAGAGUUCCAUUGCCGCACAUCAAUAACUAAAACGAAAGAGAGAGGGCGAAGAAACGGACUGCACCCCAAGCGUCUGUGUCGACUUAACUAACGAUGGAGAGGAUACGUUUUUGUCCAAUUUGGUACGGUGUUUUUUGCGCCCUAUUUUUGUUUUUCCCCGCUUUCAUGCCGGUGACCAAGACAGAGAUAACUUGCAGGUCAUGUCAGCAGACGAAUAAGUGGCGUUUACAGGAGUUACUGCUUAAGAUGGACAUUCAUGACUCUGCAACAGGGUCCGGAGGCGAAGUUACCAUAAAUGGAGACGGGGAAGCAUCUUUCGGCUCGUCCGUUGGUGAAAGCGGGGAGCCCGAUUGCGCAGCUGAGACUGGCGAUUGCUUCGCUGCUGGCGAAGGGAAAUAUGUUCGCUCAAGGCGAAAACGGAAUACAGGCAGGUUUCGCUCUAACGAGGCAAUGGCACACGACAAAUUGGAGUCAACCUUAAGCCAUGGCAAAGUUUACAAGCCCAAAAUUAACGGUCACGAACAAACAGGUGUACGGGGAGCGCACAUCGUCUCAACUCUCUUGUCGCCUAAUAAAAACAGCAAACGGCGAGUGCGUAGGAACACGCUGGAACCCCACAACGGCCCCAAUUCAUCCCAACCAAAUCAAAGUGAAAGGGCGGGUGACCAGCGAGAGAACGGCACGGCGCGGGCAGCACGCAGAGCACCUCGGUCUGAGUUGAGGUGGAAUAAGGAGGACAGGAAAGCAGCCAGUGCCAGACAGGAAGAGCUGAAACUUACUAGCUCUACCUUCGCCCUGACCGGAGACUCCGCUCAUAACCAAGCCAUGGUGCACUGGUCUGGUCAAAACAGCAGCGUGAUUCUCAUGCUGACCAAGCUCUACGACUUCAACCUGGGCAGUGUCACCGAGAGCUCUUUGUGGAGGUCAACCGACUAUGGAACCACUUAUGAGAAGCUUAAUGAAAAAGUGGGGGUGAAGACCAUACUUAGUUACUUGUACGUGAGCCCCAACAACAAGAGAAAGAUCAUGUUGCUGACAGACCCAGAGGUGGAGAACAGCCUACUGAUCAGCUCUGACGAGGGCGCCACCUACCAGAAGUACCGCCUGGGUUUCUAUGUGCUCAGCCUGCUCUUCCACCCUGAGAAGGAGGAUUGGAUCCUCGCCUACAGCCAAGACCAUAAGCUCUAUAGCUCGGUGGAGUUUGGGCGACGUUGGCAACUGGUCCAUGAAAGGGUCGCUCCGAAUCGAUUCUAUUGGUCCAAAAUGGGUCUGGAUAAGGAACCUGGCUUGAUUCACCUGGAGACCAGCAUUUCAGAAACACAGGCUCUGUACGUCACCUGCAAGCUGCAGAACUGUACUGAGGGCAACAAGGGCAAGCCGUUUCCUGGCAACAUUGACCCCAAUUCCUUGGUGGUGCAGGAUGAAUAUGUGUUUGUCCAGGUGUCAACGGGAGGCCGCCCAGUCUACUAUGUGUCUUCAAAGCGAGACCUGUUCACGCCUAUGAAGCUGCCCAAGUACACCCUUCCGAAGGGUCUGCAUGUGAUCAGCACGGACGAAAACCGCGUGGUGGCGGCCGUACAGGAGUGGAACCAGAACGACACCUACAACCUGUAUGUGUCAGAGGCCGGAGGGGUCUACUACACCCUCGCCCUGGAGAACGUCAUGAGCAGCAUGGGACCGGAGGGAAACGUCAUGAUAGACCUUUACGAGGUGGCAGGAAUUAAGGGCAUGUUUCUGGCCAACAAGAAACUGGAGGACCAAGCGAAGACAUACAUAACAUACAAUAAAGGAAGGGACUGGAGGCUGCUGCAGGCGCCCUCUUCUGACCUAAGAGGGAACAACAUCCACUGCGUGCUGCCAUACUGCUCCCUGCAUUUGCACCUGCACGUGUCAGCAAACCCAUACACCUCCGGAAACAUAGCAAGCAAAGAGUCUGCCCCGGGAAUCAUAGUGGCGUCAGGUUCCAUAGGGGCAGAGCUGAGUAGCACCAACGUGAGCAUUUUCAUCACCUCCGAUGCUGGGAACACGUGGAGGCAGAUAUUUGAUGAGGAAUACAGUGUUCUAUAUCUGGACCAAGGAGGAGCUCUAGUGGCUAUCAGACAUACCCCCCUCCCCAUCAGACACCUAUGGCUGAGUUUUGAUGAGGGGAGAGUGUGGAAUAAGUACAGCUUUACCUCAUUGCCGCUGUUUGUGGAUGGACUUCUGGGCGAGCCAGGCGAAGAGACUCUUAUUAUGACAAUCUUUGGCCAUGUCAGUCAUCGGUCUGAGUGGCAGCUGGUGAAGAUCGACUUCAGAUCUAUUUUUAACAGGCGGUGCACCGAGGCAGACUACCAGACCUGGCACCUCCAUGACCAGGGUGAGCCAUGCCUCAUGGGGGUAAAGAGAACCUACCUCAAGCUGAAACCCAUUGCCAGAUGCGUUAUGGGUAAGACACACUCAGUAACCAUGACGUCGGAGCCCUGUGACUGCACCGAGUCUGACUUUGAAUGCGAUUAUGGCCAUGAACGGAGGACAGACGGCAGGUGUACGCCUGCAUUCUGGUUUCAUCCCUCCUCCAUGUCCAGGAGCUGCAUGACAGGACACACUUUCCUCAACAGCACAGGAUAUAGGAAGGUGGUGUCGAACAACUGCACGGGGGGCGUGGUGGAUUUGUACACCGCGCGCCAGAGGCCAUGCCCUAGUCAUGCGCCUGAAGGCCUCCACCUGGUCACCAGUGAGGGAACCCUCUCUGCCACCCUCAGCCACAAUGUCACUUUCCUCGUCUUCCUCGAGCAGGGCGACGGAUCGAGGACCAGCAUCACGGUGGACUUCGGGGAUGGCAACGGCAUCACGUAUUCCAACGUGAGCUCCAUCGAGGAUGGCAUCAAGCAUGUCUACAAGAGCGUGGGGAUCUAUCGGGUGGCAGCCACGGCUGAGAACAGCCUGGGCUCCGAGACAGCUGUUCUUUUCCUGCACGUCACCUGUCAGCUGGAAUAUAUCCAUCUCUCUUCCCCCUUUGUGGCGGUGAAAAAUAAGGAAGUCAACUUGACGGCAGUUCUGUGGCCAAGCCAAGUGGGAACUGUCACCUACAUCUGGUGGUUUGGGAACAACUCGGAGCCAGUUAUCACGCUCGAGGGAAGUGUGGCCUUCACGUUCCCGCAGGAGGGAACAAACAUCGUCACCGUGCAGGUUGCCGCUGGCAACACUAUCCUGCAGGACAGGAAGACCAUCUCCGUGCAUGAAUAUUUUAGCUCCCAUCUGUUGGCCUUCUCCUCCAACCUGGAUGACCACAACCCUGAUGUGGCUGAGUGGAGACUAGACAUCAGCAGGGUUAUCAAGAACUCCAUGGUCCAAGCCACUGGCAUGAAACCCGAGCAGCUGCUGGUCACAGUGCUUCCGGGGUUGCCCACAGCAGCGGAAUUCUUCCUGCUGCCGGACAAAGAUCAAACGGAGGGCAAGCCGGAGAAGACCACGCCGCAUUUAGAGCAGCUCUCGGAGUUGGUUCUGGGCGCGCUGUACCAGAACCAGGUGCAGUUCACGCUGAGGCCGGGUGUCCAGAUCACAGUUUACGCAGCACACUUGUCCGCAGCUCCCCUAGUGGACACCAGCGAGAACCACAGCAGCUCGGCCAUGAUCAUGCUUCUGUCUGUGGUGGUGGUGGGUCUGGCUGUGUUCCUCAUCUACAAGUUCAAAAGGAAGAUCCCAGGCCUCCACCUCUACGCAGCGAUGCGGGAUGAAAAAGAGCAAGAAGCGAUCCGGGGUCCAGUGAGUGUGACGGAGUGUUCCCAUGGCUGCAGCUCUCUGCCAGAGCUCCCCGACUCACCAGAGCCUCCGGACACUGAGCUUGACGUGCGGCCCACCGAAUCCAUCAAGUCUCACCCACGUGUCAAAUUCUCAACAGAACUUCCUGCGUACAUAGACGUCUGAACCCCCAGACUGCCCUGCAAAAGACACUCAACAUCCAAACACAAAGGUUUUAAGCUUUAUACAGUACCUGUGCAUGUUGGACAUUGACACUUUACUGUGCUUUGUGAAUACCAGAGGAAACUGUGUACAGGUUUUUAUACAUGUCUAUUCAAUAAGGAAACAUUUUUAAUGACAUUUAUUUAUAAAAAAUAAAAAAAAGACUAGAUACACAAUUAGAAGGCCAUGCCAGCAUGUACUGUAAUUUACAAAAAAAGGUGAAAAAUGGAGGGGGGUGGGGUUUAAAUAGGUUUUGUUUUCAGCAUCAGUGUCUUUUACAUCCAUUUGUCUUUUACAUCCAGUACAGUAUUUACCCACUAGUACAGAAUAAAAAUUGUGUUUAUUUUGUAUAAUCAUGAAUGUGUUUGUGAUAUGUGGGAGUAUUUUUAAUAUCAAAACUAAAUGAAGAUAUCAAUAAUUAGAUAAUUAGAUUUUAAUUUGUGUUUCAUUUUUCUUACUGAAAAGCCGUAUUUUGCACAACUAUACUUUACAUUUUACAAUAAAUUCUAAAUUUUCUGUAGAAUAUUAAGCAGAGGGACAGCUAUUCUGUAAAAUCCUGUAUGUGAUGAGUCCCAGCCCACACCUGCUCCUUUCUUUUGUUAUGUUCAUUUUGUAGUCUUUGUGUUGUUGUAUAAUGAGAUGUAGGUUGUUUUUGUUUUGCUUUUUUUCUGUUGAUUUUGGGAGGAACAAAGGUCAGACUUUCAGUAAGAUUUUUAAGCUUGGUACAGCAGGUCGGCUGCUGUGUAAUUUUGUUGCAAAAGACGCAGUAAAACACUGUAUAUAAGCCUAUGAACUGAUUUCCUUCCAGGGUAUGAUAACUCUGCUGAAGGAUACUGUAACUGUCUAUCAAAAAUCAUGUCAUUCCCACUUCGGCAUUCAUUAACAUUCUCUAACAUUCAUUCUUAGCAAUGGGGGUUUUUUUUUGGGAUGUUUAAAAUUUUCAGUAACAUCUGACCACUGUCGAUAUACCAUCCAACAGAACAAUAUGCAACACGCACUUUUUAAAAACAAUUAGUCCUACUGAAUGUGUCCACUGUAUUUGACAGAUAUGAAUGUGUGAAUAUGUGUGUAAUAUUGAAUAUGAGGCUAAAUUUAACACUGCCCCCCCCCUUCCUCUUUCACAUGGAUAUGAUAUUUAUGCUCAACACAUUAUACUUAGGAGGGUUACUCUGUAGGACAUCUUAGAUUAUUAAGAUCCGAAUUAUUAUUAUUAUUAUUAUUAUUAUUAUUAUUAUUAGACCCCAUCAUUACACCCAUCAUGAUAGGUAUGUAUCACAAGGUGAUGACAACAGUCAGCUUGCUUUACAUCAGUAUUUUGCACACAUAAUUAGUAUCUUACAUUUAUUUAAUCCUAUUUACAAAAAUUACAUUGAUUGUACUUAUAAUAGUGGCAUCAUUUCUAAAUAUAGACUUAUACUUUUUAAGUGUACAUUAAUGGCAUAAUCAUUGCAUUUCCUUUGAGAACCAUACAGAACAUAUGAAACACACCAGUUUUUUUGUGUGUAUUUUCCUGAAAUGGUUAAUGUUAAGUGGAUGACGUCGUUAUUACUGAAUUGUGGCAGAAAGUGGCGGGCUGCAUGGUUCAGAAGGAAUUUGACCUUCUGUUCAUUAGCCUUUGUUUUUUUGUACUCACUCUGACAACCAUUAUGCCAGCAGUAAUUUUGUUCCAUGAGAUAUUCAUACUGAAAUACCCUGCCUUGACACGGGUGAUGUUUGUAUAGGUGAUAGUAUCAGUGGGUACAAAAGCUGUGUUGGAUGACUUGUCCUGAAUGGAAGAAGCAAGAGGAUGGUCCCAAGCUUGCGGCAUUAUUCAAGUGGCUCUCAACUCAGACACGCCCAGAAAAGGUCAUCCGGACGCGCCCAGACAAAGUAAUCCAGACGUGGCCGGAAAAAGGUCCCUGGUAAAGCCAUGCGAAGAACACCAGCAACAGGACACCAAUCUGACCUCCAACACAACUCGCAAACUAACAAAGAAGAAACCACAGGUAGAUGAUCGAACAUCAUAAGUGGAUCUAAUACGGCAUGAUUCAUUGACACCUUUGCUUUCCUUUGGAUAAAUGACUCCAUGCAUUGUCCAACUCAAGCGCAAUCAGGCAAAAUCAGAAUCCGACCUUCCCUGCACUCGCUCAAAUGAUCUCCACAGUCAUAUAAUCAUAUUCAUGUUGAGCAGUGCCCCAGAGGCCUACCAUUCUCAAGGCUGAGGGAGCACAGCAAGGCCAGCUCAUUGGCUGCAAGGGGA